AUCAGGGCUGACCUGUAUAUUUUCCCCAUCCCCCUCUAACACAUCAUUAGCUACCUGUUAUGGUUUCUCCAGUGCAGGACAGCUGGGGGCCGAUCGACGAAUCAAACGAACAAACGCUCAAAAACAGGAUAUCUAGAGUUCACGGAGAAGAGGGUGGCCUUUUGAAUUCAGCCCUCGACAUUAUGCUGAAAACUAAGGUGGUAGCAACGAAUAGCCAAAUACCCGUCCCUGGAUUGCCCAGAAUGAUUGAUUUUUACAUGGAGUCCCUCGACGAAGGGGGGGAUCUAGGACAGCUAAAAUGGUGGAAGAAAUUACAGAACAGGAGCGAUUGGAAUCGCAGGAAGCAUAGGUUAAACGCUAAUUGCCAUGCAGUAUUCCAUCUAGCUCAUAAUACAUCUUUUAUCGUUCACGCAAAGGCGGACGAAGUAGCCCGAGCGUUCGUGCGACGGCACAGAUCUUUUGAAGGAAUAUAUCGAGAAUCUUCACCUGCCAACACCGGAGCAGCUGCACAAACUUCGAGUGCAUUCCGGGAGGAGGGGACUAACGCUAACACCGCGGUAGCAAGUACAUUAGGACUGAGAGCUGGCGGGACCCAGCGUAUUACUAGUAUCACUCUGAAUUUAGCCGCUCCAUCGGAAGCCAUGAAUUUCGGAGGGACGAGCGAUGGGGGAGCAGCUGUUAAUCCACGUCCGACAUUGGAUGGCAAUGUGAAUGGUUUGGACGGUGAAAGCCUCAAUGGAUUCCAAGUAGUUUAAGUCAUAAUUUGCGCUUUCUGUAUUUUAUGUUUGGGUAAUU